AUGGCGCCAACCUCCCUUCGUGUCUUCGAUAGCCUGGUUAAAGAUAAGACCUCAUUCUCAACAUCCGAUCCAAAUGGCAAAACUGUGACUUGGUACACUUGCGGACCGACGGUAUACGAUGAGGCCCACCUUGGUCAUUGCAGAAGCGCGAUAUCGAUCGACAUUCUCCGUCGUAUAAUGCGCGAUUAUUUCGGAUUUUCGGUGCGGUUCGUGAUGAACGUUACCGACAUUGAUGAUAAAAUCAUCUUGCGAUCGAGAUAUCAAUAUUUGGGAACAAGGCUACAAAAGGAAUUGGAGAGUAUGGAGAAGACCAAGGCCGUAACAGAGGCGACUUCGAUAGGAAGGGCUGCGAUCAAGCACUACUUGUCGACACACCUACCACUGCUGCCUUCGGACAUAGCACUGGAAGCGUACUCGGUGGAAGCGAAAAGGCUGUACCAUGAUCUCGUCAACGGCGAGCAGACUGACCAGACCGCCAAACUCGAAAUGCACAUGAAGAAUUGCCAAUCUGGCAUCGAUGCUCUGGUAGCUUUGGAAAGUGUGUCGGACGGCACCGCUUUGUCCGACUUCCUCCACAAGGCGAAAGACGUUAUCCACCCAUAUCUUGACUAUCUCUACGGCACUACCAUCGACUCCCAAGACCAUGGUAUCUUCACAGGUAUCGCACAAAAGUACGAGAAGCUCUACUUUGACGACAUGCGUGCCUUGAACGUGCUCGAUCCUGAUGUUAUAACUCGCGCUACUGAAUUCAUCCCACAAAUGAUAAAAUUCGUUGAACGUAUCAUCACUAAAGGCUUCGCAUAUCCGACUGCCGAUGGUUCGGUGUACUUCGAUAUCGCUGCCUUCGAAAAAGCAGGGCAUCCAUACCCGCGUCUGGAACCAGGAAAUCGGAAUAAUUCGGCACUUCGGGCGGAUGGAGAAGGCACUCUUGCGAAUAAGUCGGCUGUUAAGCGUAACGACGUUGACUUUGCGCUCUGGAAAGGUAGUCGGCCAGGGGAGCCUGCAUGGCCGACUCCAUGGAGUAAGAUUGGAGGGAGACCAGGCUGGCAUUUAGAGUGCUCGGUGAUGGCAUCGGAAGUACUGGGGUCUGAGAUUGAUAUUCAUUCAGGAGGCGAAGAUUUACGAUUUCCACACCAUGAUAACGAGCUCGCACAAUCGACAGCAUAUUGGUCCACUGAGGGGAAAUCAGCUCCUUGGGUUAACCAUUUCCUUCACACAGGACAUCUUGGGAUCCAGGGCCUGAAGAUGAGCAAGAGCCUCAAGAAUUUCAUUACGCUAAGGGACCUAUUUAAGCGCCCGGACUGGACUCAUCGGCUAUUACGAAUAUGUUUUUUGCUUGGCGCAUGGCAUGACAAGAUUGAAAUAACAGAUGAGAUCUUCAAGACAGCAGUGGCCUGGGAAUCAAAGAUGAACAACUUUUUCCUCCAAGCUCUUGAUUGUGCCAGAUCCCCACAAACUGCCACAGCAGAAGCAGACGCUACCCGGGACAAACCAUCUGCUUUGGCGUCCCUAGAAAGGGCAAAAAAUGGGCUACAUGAGGCACUUUGCGAUUCGUUUGAUACUCCGACAGCCAUGAAGGUCAUAUCAGAAUUAGUCAGCGAAUGCAAAAACAUGACAAGUCUAUCUGAUACAGAUCUUUUAACUGUUUCAAAGUGGCUCACACGUAUUGUCACUAUUUUCGGUCUUAAUCCCGAGGGUGAAGAGGCUGUGCUCGGACAGGGUAAAGGUGAACAAUUACAAGGACCUGCAUUUGAUUCUCAAAUCCUUGUUUGGCAUGGGGUCGAAAUACCAUUUGCUGCACAAGAACCAAUCUACGCUGCGGCCAAACUUCGGGACGACGUCAGACAGCACGUCCUAUCCGCGGGAGAAAAGGUUGACAACAACGCUCUGGGGAAGCUGAUAGAAAAAGACCAACCCCAGCCAAAAGCAGAGGAAAACUCCACCAAGUAUUAUACUGCAGCUACUGAAUUUCGCACGAGGAUGCAGCAACUAGUUUCUGAGAAUGCGUCUAAGAAGGAGAUUCUUAGCCUCUGCGACGACUUCCGCGACAUACAACUCUUUUCCCUCGACAUCUACCUUGAAGACCGCGAAGAUCUGCCGGCCCUUGUUCGGCCGCUCGACGCAUCACUUCGAAGAGCGCUGGCGGAGAGGAAGGCUACUGCCAUUGCUGCUGCCGCAGCAAAGGCAAAGCAGAAAGCCGAGAAUAUCGAAAAGCAACUGGCUCGAGACGAGCAGGCGAAAAUUAGCCCGGGAGAGUUAUUUAGAGACAAAGCGUUGUAUUCGGAAUGGGAUGAGCUUGGAAUUCCGACGAGAGAUGUUAAUGGGAAAGAGAUUACAAAGAGUGCAAGGAAAAAGCUGAUAAAGCUACAAGAGAGGCAGACGAAGUUACAUGAGGAGUGGCUGGGUCGAAACAGGACUCAAUAG